GGAGAGGAAGGCAGGGGCCAGCCAGAUAAGAGGAACCUUGAAGCCCAUAAAAAGGAGAUUGUGAAGGGACGUCGUGGGAGGGAUCUGAGCCAGAGAAUGAUGUAAUAGGAUUAACUGUUGAAGAGCAGUGCUCCAGCUGCUAGGCUGACAGAAGAUUCCAGAAGGCAAGAAUGGAAGUGGUUUUAUGGGGCCACAAAACUGAGCAUUGAAAGUGGAGAUAGUCUGAAAAACGUGGUAUGUGUAGUCAGUGUAUAUUUAACUGUGUCUUACGAUGUUUCCUAAGUCUGCAUCCUUCAGGUUACAAAUGACCCCACUCCAGUGAUCCCAAGGAGAAAAGGGAUAUGUUGGCCCAUGUAACCGUAGCAUCCAGGAGUUUUCUUGCCUUUAUCGGUUCCAAAGGACUCAGAUGAUGUCAUCGUGGCUCUCUCUGACCCUCAUCAAUCCCUGUUCCUUCCUUCCCUCUGUGGGUUGGCCUCAUUCACUCCUUUUGUAGAUAAAUGUUUUCCAUGAGUUGGAUAAGAUGGCCACCGGAAUCCUGGGUUCACGUAUUAGCUUGGCAGCUCCAGUGGAAAUAUUACUGCUUUCUUUUAGCAUCUGCGUAUCACUUUCAGGGAAGUUCCCUCUUGGCCCUUGCUUGGGUCACAGACCCAGCCCCUGCGCCGUCUCUGAUCAACAGUCCCAUGAGAACUGCAUGGGGUGAGGGAGGGCUGCUUCCCCAAAGGUAGGCGUGCCGAGCAGACAAAACAUCGUAUGUCGGUGACACAGCGGUCUGCCCGCCUUUGGUCCCCCUUACCUUUCUCUCCCUGGGGCCUCUGUGUUGGGGAUCAUGCCAGAGCUCAAAUGAGCUCCGUGUCGUUACCCUCCAGGCACAGACUCACGGAGAGGUACCAUCACGUGCUGCUUCUCGGUCACCGUUGCUCAGACCGCAUGAUUUUCUUGCUCUGUGGGCUGGGCCCAAACCCCUCCCUUAUUCUGGCAGUGCUAUUUUGAGAAGUGGCCUGGCUGGGUUCCAGGCUCUGGUCUGUCUCUUCCUAACUAGCUCCGUGACCCCGGAUAGGGCAUUUAACCUUUCUGAGACUUUGUUUCCUUAUCUUCAGGUCACCGAGUUGCCUUGUACAUCAACUAAGAUAUCCACCAAGUGCUUCGUAAGAUGUAAAGUGCCAUUUGGAUGAUAACUGUUAAUUGGUCUUUUUUUUUUUUUUUUUUUUUUUUAAUCCUUUGCUUAGGAGAGAACAUGGCUGGGGGAAAGAUGUAACAUUUUCAUUCUGGACCUUGUUACCCAUCCACACCGGCUCUCCUCCCUUUGUGUAACUUCUCUCCCAGGGGGCAUGCCUCUUCAUUUUUAUCUCCUUGGUACGUUUCUGCCCUGGCUGGACUUUUUUUUAACAGAUAUCCUUGGGUGGGGAUGCUGGCAAGGGAGAACCACCCAGAUUAAGACAAGUUGUGUUUUGUCUGUCAGCCUGAAGCACACUUAGCAAUUUGACACAGACAUCAUUUUAGAUUUACGGAGAAGAAAGGACAACACGUUCCGUAUUGAUAAGAUUUCAGCAGGACUCAAAAAGAAAAAAAGAAAAAAAGAAAAGAAAAGAAAGAAAAAAAAGAAAACACACAAAACUUAAUGCAUUACUAUGUAAUGCCUUGAUUCCUAGUUCCUUAAUUAGGCCUGUGGUUUAGCAGAGUGCACCCUCUCAAUACACAGAUGGUUUUUAUGUAAAAAAAUUUUUUCAAAUGUUAAUUUCCAGUGACUGAUGUUCUCUGCCUAAAUCAUUUUCCAUUGUUUGUAGUUGAUAAGAACUGUAUUUGAACUGCUCCUUUCUAAGUUGGAGUCUUUUGUAAUGGGAUUUAACUUAGUGGUUUUACAGGUGUAUGAAAAUGUUAAGCUGUGUAUUGUACUUGAGAGUUUGAAAAUUCUUAGUUGCAGCUAAUUUAGGAAAAAAAAAAUUAAACAGGUGAUUAGCAGCUGCUUUCGGUUUUGAAUGUCUUCGCUUUGGGGUUUUGUGUUUGCUUAUUCGUGUGCAAAUUGGUGUGGUUAUUUUGGAGCGGGUGAGAUGCGCGCCAAGGGUGCACCUCCCCAGCCAGCUGCCCGCCCCAUUCAGCGGACCCUGCCCCAGUUCUGCAGGCUGAUUUGUUCCCCCGCUAGCGUGCACGGCCCUUGCUCUCUCCCUAGUGAUUCAGUCCUUCCUGAGAAAACAAAGCAGGCCUGGCCCUGUUUCUCCUUGAGGACAGCCUCAUUCAUUGCCACAAAGGGCCCCCUCGGCCCCCUUACAGAGGAGUGGCCUCCUACCCCCUCGGGCCCCCUUACAGAGGAGUGGCCUCCUACGGCGGCCAAGAACCACAGACCGGGCACUGCUACGGCCUCUUUAGGGUUCUGAACUUCUGGUCUCCCGAGUGACAGCUUCUAGACGGCUUUGAGCGCCGGGACCCUCCAAAGCCACCAGAGUCGGGAUGGUCACAAGAACAAAGAAAAUAUUCGUAGGCGGAUUAUCUGCGAACACGGUGGUGGAGGAUGUAAAACAGUACUUUGAGCAGUUUGGCAAGGUGGAGGAUGCAAUGCUGAUGUUUGAUAAGACGACCAACAGGCACAGAGGGUUUGGCUUUGUCACGUUUGAGAAUGAAGAUGUUGUGGAGAAAGUCUGUGAGAUCCAUUUCCAUGAAAUCAAUAAUAAAAUGGUAGAAUGUAAGAAAGCUCAGCCUAAGGAAGUCAUGUUCCCACCGGGGACAAGAGGCCGGGCCCGGGGACUGCCUUACACCAUGGACGCGUUUAUGCUUGGCAUGGGAAUGCUAGGCUAUCCCAACUUUGUGGCAACCUAUGGCCGCGGCUACCCUGGAUUUGCUCCUAGCUAUGGCUAUCAGUUCCCAGGCUUCCCGGCAGCGGCUUACGGACCAGUGGCGGCGGCGGCCGUGGCAGCGGCAAGAGGAUCAGUCCUGAAUAGCUACAGUGCUCAACCGAAUUUUGGCGCGCCCGCUUCCCCGGCAGGCUCCAACCCCGCGCGGCCCGGAGGCUUCCCGGGGGCCAACAGCCCAGGACCUGUCGCCGAUCUGUACGGCCCUGCCAGCCAGGACUCCGGAGUGGGGAAUUACAUAAGCGCGGCCAGCCCACAGCCGGGCUCGGGCUUCGGCCACGGCAUAGCUGGACCUUUGAUUGCAACGGCCUUUACAAAUGGAUACCAUUGAGCAGGUGCUUCUGUUGCCAUCCCACUCUGAGAGCAUACCUGGAUGUCCAGGCAAGACUGGGCGAAGUUUCUGAGUGGCCCUUUGUUUAGGUGAUGUCAUCAGACCUGGACCCCCACCAGCCUCACUCCCCAUCGCAACCAGAGAUGGCUCACUUCGGAUCGAGGGUUGACUACAUCUCAUCAUCUCACGAAUCUGCUGUAAUAUAUGACAACAGCUUUUAAAUGUGUAUAUAACCCAUGAUUUUGGUUUUGUUUUGUUUUUUUUGUUUUUCUUGAUGGUUUCCCCCUUCCUCUCCCCUCUUCCCCGUUCUCCUUUUAAAUCUCUUUGAAUCACAUUUGGUAGUGAUUUUGACUUAGUCCGGUAGUCAUAUAGCUUUAAUAUCUAGUUAAAAGCUAACCAUAGUAUAAUUGUUAUAUUAAGGUAUUAUUUUUUCUUAAAAAAAAAUUUUUUUUUUGGCUUGUUUUGAUUCUGUUCUCACUUUUAAAGGAUGCUGAGAUGGUAAUAUGACUCUCAAUAUUUUGGUACCAAUUCUGAGACUGUAUGGAUUUUCUGGUGCGGCUUGUGCACCGGCGGAAGCAAAGUUGUGAAGUGUGGAGUAGGAGAUGGGCAUAAGCUUUCUACUUUGCGUUGUCUAAGAAGUGAGAUGUAGUAAGCUAAUUAACAGACUCUCUAGCGGUUCUUUUUUGUGACGUCUCUUUGUUAACCUAAGUAUAUCUAUUUUCGGCAAUAAGGUAAGGACGACGAUGUUUUGAGUGUCCUUCUUUUCUAUAAGUGCUUUUUUUCUGUUGAAAGAGGUGAUAUUAUAAGGUUUUUUGAAAUUGUGAAUUCUAAAAAAAAAAGAAACGUUGUAAAUACAAUUCCAUUAACUACAUAGAAACUAUUAAGAAAGAGAAUCAAAAAUAUUUUUGUGAGGGAGUCGGUCCCAGGCAGUUCGAUGCUCUGUGGGAAGGAGGGGAAGGAAUGGUAACCAAGUCAGUUCGGAGGUGGAAGGACACCCCGCUGCCGGGACGACCCCGGGGGAAAGUUCGAACACUGUUCAGCUCCUUCUGUCUGUGUGAUAGACCUAAGAACUGUAUUCGUGUCAUACCAGCAUAUUAACCUCUCGUCUGUGCACAGCUUCAAAUGUUACCGUCUAGUUAGAUUUUUAUUUAAAAUAUGAAAAACUGCUUUUCCCAAGACGUUUUUUAAAAACAAAGCUACAAUUUUAAUAUUUAACAUAUUUAAAGUUUCAAAGCACACCUGUUUGGCUUGGGUGGGGAGGGGUGGGGGGACAUUCUUUUUCAGUCUUAAUUUUUAAAUAUUUGAUCAUUUUCUAUCGUCCAACCAUUUCAGCACCUCCAAAGGUCCCUAGGACACUUUGCCUCUCUUUGCCCCUCCCUUCCCCCCCACCCCCCCACCCCCGGCCCCCAGCUCUGGGGGGGCCCCACCCCCCUGGGCCAGGAGCGGAGAAGCCUGCAUUAACGAAACCUUCUCUCCAUUCACUUUCUAUUUACAAAUUAGGAAAGCAACCUUUUGGUUUAUAUAUUUUUUUUUUAAUACCUCAGUGCUGCAAGUAUCACCAGAGAGGCUAUGGAAGAAUUUUUUUUUUUAAUUUAUUGUAGAUGUAAACAGAAUUUUAAAAAUAAAAAGUAUAAACAUCGCUGCACUGUGACUGGUGGGAAAAACUGACAGUUUCCUGUUUGCACAUGUUUGACAUUUGGCUGUUAUAAUAUAUGGUCCUCAGUUGGGGAAAGAUACUUAUGAUGAAGGAUAUUUUUUAAUUUAACUUUUUUUUAAUAUUGGUAAUAGGUCGGCAACAGCAACUAUAGAAGUACAACUCGAUAGAUGGCAUUAAAACAUAUUGUAGUGUGGAUAUAUAUUUUUUUCUUUUUUAAAAUGUGAUAUUGACGUUUUAUUAAUAUUUUUUAAAUUGUUACGUUUAUAAAUUUGGUACUUAAGGCACAGCCAGUAUGAGACACUGAAUGCGACGUUUAUUAUAAAGAGCUGCUGCACUCCUAUUUUUAUAAAUUUUACUAACAAAGUAGACUAAUGUAGACAUUCACAGACAUGGUAGGGCAAAAGCAUCCUCAAACAAAAGGCUCCAAAAUGCGAACCUGGAAGGAAAGAAAAAAAGCCUUUUUCAAUUCUAAUGAAACAGCAAUGACAUUUUUUAAAAAAAAAAAUCUUGUUUCUCCAAUUAAAUGUUGGGUUGUUUGGUGAGGGUUUGUUUUGGUUUUUUCUUUCUUUCUUUUUUUUUUUUUUGUUUCCAAACAACCACGUUAAGUAAAAUGCUGGGCGCUUUUAAAAUAUCAAAACUUGUUCAAGUAAUAAAAUUAAAAAAAAAUAGAAGUUUUAUUAAAACACACACACACACACACACACACACACAAGAAAAAAGACAAUAAAUUCCCAGAAAUUCAGUGUCUAGACUAGGGAAUUUAAUUACUAUUUUGUCCAUGUUGGUGAUGUACUGUACUACCCUUCCUUUCUCUGCAACCCCCAUCACCUCAUAGAAGACUCUUUGUUGAUCACUGUCUGUUAAUAAUGUAUAAAAAUGGCUAUCUUGUAAACGUCCUGUCCUGGUACUAGUGUAGUGACCUUUUUUCUUCUCUUUCUUCUAGUACAUAUUGAUAGAUAUAACGUAAUUAAGGUUUAAAAAAAAUUAGACAUAGUUACUCAGAUUUAGGACCAGUAAGGAUAGAACUUUCUCUUAUUUAUGAAAAAAAAAAUGCUAAUAAUUUUGGGGCAGUUUUUUCCUUUCGAUUUUGUUUUUCCAAUUUCAACUUUUUAUUUUAUUUUUGCUGAUCUGAUGUGGUUUCAACGAACCCAAGGUCUCAUGAUGUUCAAAUGCCGGCAGACUCUACGGCGUUUUGUAGAUACCCACCCCCCCCCCAACUGUGAAGGGGUGUGCCAUACUACCUUAAAUGCUAAUGCUAGAUAUGCAAAACUGGAUUUUUUUAAUUUAUUUUUUAAAAGAGGGAGGCAUGGUAUAUUAAAAUGAUUUUACUAAGAGAAAAAAAUAUUUUUUUAAGAAUGCUCAGAAGAAAUUGAUAAUCUGUGUGAAUAUGUUUUAGAUGUUUAUAAUACCUUUUGAAGAGACCCAGUAGCCCAUAGCACAAAUCUCGUGGAAAUCUGAUAUGUUUUAAUGUGGCUACCUAGGUUAAGGUUCACGUUCGUCCCCCCACUCAUCUAGAAGUCCAUUUUGGAAGAUUUUUGUAAAUUAUUUUAGCAUUGAUGUUCAGCCUUGUCUUUGUUUCCGUUAAGCUCAAUGGCGAACAUGGGAACCACCUUUCGCCUUCCCUGGGGGAGCACCCCUCUUGGCUGAUGGCUUUUCCCCGGAAUCAUAAAAUAGCCACCGGGUGACUUUCUGGCUUCCAGAUCCAUCUGCCUGGGACCCCCGAACUCCUCUCCUCCCAAGCAGAGGGGAGGGAGUGGCAUUAGCUCCCGGACCCAUUCCUGGUUCUACCUGGACAUGGGGCUGACGGGGAUGACCAAGCCUUCGGUCCCCUUCCCAGGAGCUUUCUCAGCCCUGGUUUGUGGCCUUCCUCACACCCAUCGGGAAAACCAAACAGCCUUGUGUUCUAUCCCAGUCGCUCAUUGGCUUGAUUCGAACGAAGCCCCGACAGGCCUUUGCGUUUCUAUCCUUCAUACCCUUCAUCUUAAUUUGAACUCGUAGCUUGGACUUUAAGGUAGCAUGGCUCUGUUGCUGUCAAUCUGAUGUUUCGCUGCACAGCAAUUCACAGCCAGUGAAUGUUACACACAUCUUGCUAGACUAGUAUAAAAAUCAUUGGGUAAUUGUUGGUUCUAAUGACCUGAAAGGUGUUCAGUUUUUGUUUUCAGUUUUUUGUUUUUGAUUUUGGGGUUUUUUGUUUUGUUUUGUUUUUGAGGGGGGAGGGGGUGGCCUUUUUUUUUUUUUUUUGGUUCCAAAUAGAGAAACAAAACCUAUUUUGAUCUUUAGUGCAAACGAGGGCUAGGGACUUAGCCACCACCACCACCACACUGUUUCAUUCUGCCAUUCACUCACUGCAGCAUAAUCAAGAAUAAAGCAAUAUAGUUUACUACAUUUUUUUAUUGAAGGUCAGCCAUGCUUUCUGUAUUAUAUUGCAUAUGAAAUUGUUUACAAAAGAAACACUAACUCAUACUUCUCUUUAUCCGUUGGGAGUGGCACACAGGGACAGAGGGAGACUGGGGGGGGAGGGGUGGCGGGGAGGGGAGGGGAGAAUUUUCUUUCUUGAAUGUGCUUCACCAGCGGGGCUGUCUUCCAAGGAAGACAAAAGCAAGGAGGUUGGGGCAGGAGUGAGCAGAGGGACGGAGGCUGGCAAGCACAUUGAAGAGAGACCCUGGUGGGCUCCCCCUGCCCUCACCCUAAACAGAAAAGCAGAAUCAUCAGCUCAGCCCAGUCCUGGGCACAGACACUACACAAGGAGACGCUGUACGUUAAGCAAUACUUUAAUACUGUAAUAUGUUUGUUUUCUUUUCUUUUUUUUUUUUAAACCAAAAAAAAAAAAAAGUAA